AUGUCGAAGGCAAAAAAGGAGACCAAAAUUAACCUCGACGAGGUGGACGAGAAGACAGGGUAUAAGUCUGCCGAAUUGUUCGUGUGGCUGAAGUUCGAUGAGGGCUACCUGCAGAAACCAGAGGACGACCGUGAGGCGGACGUAGAUGCGUGGGUGGAUGCCUUCUGCGAGCAGAUGGAGGGCGAGGGCCUGAACUAUGACCGCAACUUUGUUCGUUCCGUUUGCGUCUUGGGCAUUUACGCCGGUCCCCGCGACGAGUUUCAGCAACGCACAGGAAGCGGGAAGGCGGUGUACCCCAACGGGGAUCGCUACGACGGGGAGUUUUUCGAGGGAAAGAAACACGGUAGUGGGCGCUACAUUUUUGUCAGCCGGGGAAAGAGCGAGUGUGACAGGAUUGUGGAGAAGGAGAUGCAGAAGUUGGAGGGGGCGGUGCCCGAUGAACAGUUUGUCGCUCUCACAGCAGAAAAGUACAAAAUCAGCCGUCAAAUUGUGUCGUGGAUGGUGGAGUACGGGGUUUACCCCUGCUACCACGGCGACUACGUGCGUGGCAUGAGAACGGGGCAGGGACUGAUGAAGAACAAGGACGGCACAGUGUAUAAGGGGGAAUUUCUGGAGAAUAAGCGCCAUGGUCAGGGAAUGUUUUACUACCUGAACGGUGACAUCUUUUCAGGGAACUGGAGGAAUGGGCUGAAGCACGGCUAUGGGACGUACCACUUUGCGGGCGGCAACGAGUAUCGCGGGAGCUGGGUAGAUGGCGUCCUGACACAGGGUCAAUGGAUCUUUCCAGACGGGACGUACUACGAAGGCUUGUUUAACAAGAAGAGCAGACCCUGCGACGAUGCCGCUUCGAUGCACUACCCAAGUAUUAAAAUGGCCCAGACGGGCGUCUUCAAGCGUGGUGUCUGGGCCCCCUCUAGCGCGCUGCAGGUGUGCGAAGAAACCCCGGUGGAUGGCAUGUCAUGGAUGGAUUAA